AUGGGAUAAUGCUGUUUAGGGUAUUAAGAGUAAGAAAAGAAAUGCCAAAUUAUUUUGUAAACUUAGAUUCAAAAUACAAUUAUUUCUGAAGGAGAUCUCAACUACAUUAAUCAAAUUAAACUUAUACAAGGUAAUUGAUCUAAAUCUACAUAAGCUUGCGUCAGAGGGUAUUUGGUAAGAAAAAGAUAUUAGGAAUUAAUCUAAAAAUUGAAACAAAAAAAAAUUUUAAUGAAGGAAUAGAAAUAUUACUCAAAUGAUUUGAGUUUCAAUGACUCUGCCCCAUUUUAAGACACUAAACCAUCUUAGAUCACUAAAUUGGAAUAUUUGUAUAUAGAAAAGUUUUAAAAAUUGGAUAAAGUACCUGAUUAUUUAGUUAAUAGAGUGAAUAAGGUAAUAUGACACUUUACUUUUAAUUUAAAGAUUCUAUAAUAAUAUUCAUCAUUUAAUUAUGAUAAGGAAGAAGAGAACUAAUUUAAUUUUUAGAUCCAUCAAUUGGAUGAUGGUUGCAUUUAUUAAGGACAGUGGAAAAAUGGGUACUUUUAAUAAUAUUUUUGUGAGAAUGAAGCAUGGUUUUGGUAAACAAUAUUGGCUUAAUGGUUAAUAUUAUGAAGGAUAUUGGGCUUAUAAUAUGUUUCAAGGAAGAGGUAGGCUAAUCAAAGUGGAUGGUGACAUCUAUGAAGGAGAAUUCAAAAAUAAUAAAACUUCAGGAAAAGUUAUAGUAAUUUUAAUAUAUAGGGAACUCUUUACAGCGUUGACGGUCUCAAAUAUGAUGGUUAAUGGGAAGAUAAUGCUAAAAAUGGUUAUGGUAUUGAAACAUGGUGUGAUGGAUCUAUAUAUGAGGGUUAUUAUAAAAAUGGGCUCAAGAAUGGAUAAGGAACAUUUAAAUGGGCUGAUGGAUCAAUCUACACUGGAGAAUUUGUUAAUGGAAAUAUUGAAGGAGAAGGUGAAUUCAAGUGGGAAGACGGUAGAAUUUAUAUUGGCUAAUGGAAGAACAAUUAAAUGGAUGGUUAGGGGGUAAAAUUAUUUUACAAUAUUAGAUUUUCAAAUGGCCAGAUAAUAGAAAAUAUUUAGGUAGUUAUUAGAAUGGAGUUAAAGAAGGGUUUGGUUAAUUUGAAUGGCCUGAUGGAAGAGUAAGCAUUAUAUUUUAUAUAAGAUAUAUAAAGGUAUGUGGUCAAAUAACAAACAACAUGGAUUUGGAACCUAUUUAGGAUCUAAUGGAAUAGAAAAAGAAGGAGAAUGGGCUGAAGGUAAAUUAGUACGUUGGUAGAAGAAUAAAAAUAGAAUUUAAGACUCUUGA